ACACUUAUCUCACAACCUUCUUCACCCCUUGUGUUCCUAAAAUACACAAAAUAGCAUCCAAACACAAAACAACAAACUAAGGUUCAUCUGAGAAAAAUGGAGAGUGACUCAAACACCCCAACUUCCUCACCCACAUUUUCUCAUUCUUCUAAUUCCCCGUCAUCUUCACCUCCCCAAGUUGUUAUGAGCCCUUGUGCUGCUUGCAAAAUUCUGAGGCGAAGAUGUGCUGAGAAAUGUGUGUUGGCACCUUAUUUCCCUCCCACUGAACCUGCCAAGUUUACCACUGCACACCGAGUCUUUGGUGCCAGCAACAUCAUCAAGUUCUUACAGGAACUUCCGGAGUCUCAAAGAGCUGAUGCAGUGGCUAGCAUGGUUUACGAGGCUGGGGCAAGAAUAAGAGACCCAGUAUAUGGAUGUGCAGGUGCAAUUUGCCAGCUGCAAAAGCAAGUCAAUGAGCUUCAAGCACAAUUAGCAAAGGCACAAGCUGAGCUUGUAAACAUGCAAUUCCAACAAGCCAACCUCGUGACUCUAAUUUGCAUGGAAAUGGCACAAACUCCACAGGAAUCACCACAACAAUCAGUGAACAACUUCAUUUCAAGUCCUUCCCACAGCACUGGCUAUCAAAACAAUCUUAACUUCUUAGAGGACACCACCAACCUAAACUCCAUGUGGGAGCCUCUUUGGACAUGAAGAAUGAGAACCAUUAAUUACUUAUGCAAGACAUUCUCCUAAGGAGAAGUUCAAGGAAUUAAUCAAGAAGAACUAAUAAAUUAUAACCGUAACUUUGAUAGCUAGAACUUAUGUAGUUAGGUUAAUUCCCUCUCUAUGACUAGGAUUUUGGAGAAAAUAAUGUUAUGUAACAUGUUAAGUGGUUUUUCAAACCACGGUAAUCGUUGCAAUAUUGAAGAAAGCAGGGGAAAUGUUAUGU